UCUUAUAGCGAUUAAUCACCGACGGCACUGGGAGUCCAUUAAUUUAAUAGCGGAAUUGCUUAAUGAAUGUCUGGUGAGUAUUGGCAACACUUCAGCACUGUUAUGUCAGGGAACUGGCGAUUGUGGGUACGAUUGGGAAAGAUUAGUGACAUUUGCGCGUUUGGCUACCAGUGCUCAUAUAGCACCACAACUAAGACGUAAAGCCCACUUCACCUCAUUUGUCUCGUGUAAUUAUGUGCAGUGGUUUAGGAUGGGGUCGGGAUUACAUAACGGACGAUAGUAGGAAUGUCAUGUCCAGUCAUAAUGGCGUAUAUAUGCCUGUCCGGUCAUAUUUUGUUUAUGGACAGUUGUGUGGCCCUGGUACUUCGGUUUGAAUGUCCACAAUGCGGAUCAGUUAUGAUACCUUUUGCUGAGACAC